AUGGGAUUUUCAGUAUUUGGUAACAGCGCAAGGUCGCAAAGUCCAUACCAAGAACAAGUCGCGUGGGCAAAUUCCACUCAAUUCAGAUCGGUGCCCGCUGAGACGAAGCCGCAAAUGGUACAAACUACCUUCUUGACCAAAGACGAUGAGGCACCUCCACCGUCACGAACAUACUUCCGCCAUCCUCGCCACAUGCUCGAACCUUGGACCACCGGUGUCUGGAUACGGUUUCCCUGGUGGGGUGCCGGAGCCCUGUUUCUCGUCGUGCUAUUGACUGGUGCGUCCGCUGGAAUUCUGCUGGCCAGCCAUAAUACAAGUACUGAAGACUGGAAGAUCGGACGUGACAAUGCCCAACCGCACGUCUACAUUUCGGUUUUCGAGAUGAUAAUGAAUUUCUUAAUCUUGUUCGCGCUGGUGGAUGGUGUUGUCAUCCGGUUAUGGCGACAAUUACUACAAGGGACCACACUUGACUCCGUUCACGAUACCUACGAGUCGAUGUACCUAUGGCCUGCUGUCAAGAGGGCUGCACGUCUGAGGUUCAACAUCGUCGCAGUGGCGUGCAUACUCGCAUCGUUGUCGUUCGUCAGAGGGCCUUUGUUCCACCGCGCUCUGUCGGUUACCAACGAUCACAAAAGCGUGGGAAGCACGGUGGACCUCAAUAUAGCACCACACCCGCUGGCGGAGUUCUUCCAAAGUAAUGAAACGGACCCUCGGAAGCAAGGCGGUGUAACAUCGGUUUUCGCGGACCUGAUCCAGGGCUUAGGUGCUGGGAACCCACUCCCGUACGAACAACCGGCCUAUUGUGGCGACUACUGCACCGGGACUGCUAAGGCAUAUACCUUCAAAGCCCAUUGUGACUCAUCAGUGCGGAACAUCGACCUCAAUACCGUUCUACAUGAGUGCAAGUCCUGUACGACCGAGCAGUGCAGGAGCGACUGCGAGCUCCGUAGGCUGACAAGCCUCCAAGCGACCUUUUUCUCAACCAGCUACGAACACACGAAUGACAGUCUGAUUCUGACCAGUGUCCACAAGGACACAACUUCGUGUAGCGGCGAGAUCCAAGUUCAGACAUGCACUCUUAUGCAAGCAAAGGGUGAUGUUCCAUUCGUCAUCGCAAACGGUACUAUCGAUCGACGACUCGACGUUCCCGUGUCACAAUUUUACGAUGAGGCAUUGCCAAAUGAUGACAAUAUUUGGGAAACUUACUGGCCUCUUGCACUUAACAUGCUCUUUCCUCCGGUAUCAUCGAAUGUAUCCGCAUCAUCAGAUUUCAGUAAUCUCGUCUACACCGAAUGCGUUCAGCAAGCAAAUAUCGAAGACUCUGCAGGACACUUGGUCAACACCUCCACUCCAGCGACGUGUUCGAACUCCACGUUAAGUCCAUCGCUGCUCCUCAACAACCCCAGCACCAUGUAUGCCGCGGCUUACAAAGCAAGCCCCAGCGAAGACCCCCCUAUGCGGGACUGUCUGGAACGAUCCGAUGCCAGACAUAAUUAG